UGCUUUCUGCUUCUUCCUCCAGUGGCGGAGUGACGCCAUUCAGUAGAAGUAUGGCCUCAGGUUCUUCAGGGUCGGAGCCUGAGAGGCCGAACCCGGAGCAGCAGCUGUUAGCAGUGGCAAACCUCAAGGCAGAGAACGAGGCCCUUCGCGCGAGAAUAGCGGCCCUUGAAGCAGCGGCGGGACCACUACCUGUACAACCCUCAGGUUCCGCCGUGCAACCGAAUACCACGCACGUCGAGAGCAGCAGCAGCGUCGGCAGCACCAGCUGCUGCAGCAGCAACAAGAAUGGCGUCGGCGAAGAGAUAUCUCGAGAAUCUCUGGGAAAGGCGGGCAUGACAGCCGCCGAGAUCGCGCGAUACUCGCGGCACCUGCUCGUGCCCGCCAUAGGGGUGGAGGGGCAAAGGAACCUGCUGGACAAGACGUGCCUAGUGAUCGGAGCUGGGGGGCUCGCGUCAGCUGUGCUGCCGUAUCUAGCCGGAGCAGGAGUGGGCCACAUCAAAAUCAUCGACUUCGACAAGAUCGAAACCAGCAACCUUCACAGGCAAGUCUUGUACCGGGAGGGGCAAGCCGGCCAGAGCAAGGCCAAGUGUGCAGCUGCGACCGUCCGGGAUAUCAACUCCAGCAUCAGGUGCACUGCCAUUGAGGAGGCGUUAACCCACGACAAUGCCAUGGACACCUUGGCCGGCGUCGAUCUCGUCGUUGAUGCCAGCGACAACCCCCGCACCCGGUAUCUCGUCAACGACGCCUGCGUGCUCUCUGGGACACCCUUGGUGUCAGGGAGCGCACUCGGGAUGGAGGGGCAGGUAUCGGUUUUCCACCACCGUGGGGGGCCUUGCUACCGCUGCGUCUUUCCCGCGCCGCUGGCGGCGGAGGCGGGCCGCAGGUGCAGCGACAACGGCGUCCUGGGAACCGUUCCCGGCGUGAUCGGUUGCCUGCAAGCCACGGAAGCGCUGAAGGUGCUGGGAGAGUUCGGCUCUCCCCUGGUGGGCAGGCUUUGCACGUAUGAUGGACAGGACGGGUCGUUCUACACAGUGCGCUUGCGCCCGAGGUCCAAGACGUGUGCGGCCUGCGGGGACAACCCCACCGUACUGAGCAUGGAGGGAAGCAAGGCCUUCGCCGCCAAGCACGGCCUGACGGUGGCGAGGGUCGUGCCAGAGAUGGAGCGGGUGCCCACCGCUACCUGCCAGGAAUACGCGGACGUUGUGGCCGGCGGGCGGAGGCAUGUCCUGCUUGACGUGCGCGUCGGGGUGCAGUUCGCGGUGUGCGCCUUGGACGACGCUGUCAACUUGCCGCUGUCGCAGCUAGAGGCGUCCAUGGAGAAAGUGGAAACGCUCAGUGAAAGUCGUUCUCUGCCAGUGUACUGCAUCUGCCGCAGGGGAGUCGAUUCCAAGGCCGCCGUGUCGAUCCUCGCCAAGAAGGGUUUUCCUAACGUGAUGGAUGUUUCGGGGGGUCUCACGGAGUGGGCGAGGACGGUAGACCGUGAAUUCCCGAUGUACUAGUAGGUGCCGAUGGUUUGAAAGAUGCAACACGGGCGUCUUGCUGACGCUAUUGUAGUAGUAGUGCUGUAGUGAUCCCAAGUAGAUAGAGUAUUACCAAUGGAGCCCCCCCCCCCCUUGAGUUUAUUUUGUGGCGCCCUGCCCGGUAGGUACGUAGGUGCGGUAGUUAGCCGUGUUCGUUCUGCUUUCAGCGAGGGUGAGGUGAAUGUAUCACAGAUUCUAGAGUUAACGAGUAAUUGUGUGAGUAGAGCCCUCCCUUCCCUGCUCUGUAAA